GUAAAAGAUAGAAAAUUUUCCCAUAUCAUCACAGGAUUCUCACUGUAGAAGGAUCCUUUACAACAUGAAACUUCUCUGUCCAGCUGAUUUUCAAAAGUUCAACCAUAACCAUAAUUGCUGAAAAGUUACCAUAUAUUUUUUCUUGUCUGCUUCCAUAAUCAAAUACAAAUAGAAUACAAGGCAGCACAGGCAAAUUGUUUCUUUCCUGUUUCCAAACCAAAUAUAUCAUUUUGACAACCAAAUGAUUACCUCGGUACGUGAGAGCUCCUACUGACUUUCUAACGCGUCGUAUAUUUUUAUUCGUUAAAAUAAUUUAGUGGGACCCACUUAUCGAUGAGUAGUAAAUCCUACUGGCUUUCUAUAAACCAACAUUCAAACUUGGAAACCCCCAAGAGCCACUGCUAUAAAUUCAUGGUGUAAAAUCAUGUUCAAAGAUCACAGCCAACUCCACAAACUUCCCCCAUUGCUAAUCUCAUGGAGUUCUCCCUGUUUUUCCUUUUGGAUUUCCCCUUUUUCUUAGGUACCAAACACAAAUCUCUUGCUCUGUCUCUGUUUUUGUUGAUGGUUGUUUUUUCAGGCACUGAUGCGGCAGUUUUCACUUUGUAUAACAAAUGUAGCGACAUGGUAUGGCCAGGAAUCCAACCAGGAGCAGGGAAGCCUCAGCUGAUGAACGGCGGAUUUCCGCUAAAGCCAGGUGAAACCGUAACCAUCAAUGCGCCUGCAGGGUGGUCGGGCCGGUUCUGGGGUCGACGCGGAUGCUCGUUCGACCUCUCCGGCAAAGGGGCGUGCAUUACGGGCGACUGCGGUGGGCUACUCCAAUGUGCAGGAGCAGGAGGCACCCCGCCUGCUACACUUGCAGAGUUCACCUUAGAUAGUCCUUUGGACUUUUAUGAUGUUAGCCUUGUGGAUGGUUAUAACGUGCCAGUUUCGGUAUCCCCGUCCGGUGGGUCAGGAGCUUGUCAAACGGUGAAAUGCAUAUCGGACUUGAAUCGACAAUGCCCCGGUGGGCUGGAGGUGAAGAGGAAUGGCACGACUGUGGCUUGUAAAAGCGCGUGCUUGGCUUUCGACAAGCCAGAGUAUUGCUGCACCGGGGCGUAUGGCACCCCGCAGACAUGCAAGCCUACGGUUUAUUCGAAAGCAUUCAAGUUAGCUUGUCCCAUGGCUUAUAGCUAUGCAUAUGAUGAUCCAACAAGCACUUUUACAUGUAAAAAUGCAAACUAUUCAAUUCGAUUUUGUUGAAUGAAUGAUCCAUCAUUUGGUUCUUACAUUGAACUUUUACUUCCAAUAGUCCUAUAUGAAACAGACAAUCUCCUAGAAUCCUAUAACUUUAAACAGAGUAGACAAUGUUGUGUUGUUGCUCUUCAUGUUCCUCAUGGCUUAUCUGUGGUCUGUACAGAUAAAAGUAAAGCUAAAAAACGGGGUUUUCUUUUUCUGGCUUC